AUGAUUCAUUGCAUAUCAGUAAAAAGAUUUAACAUUAAAGUCAAAGAAUUGUACUCAGUAGCAACUGGACAGGAAAUUAAACCAACAGGAGGACAAACUGAUCGACAUGUAAAAGCUUGGAUUGAGAAAGAUCUUGAGGCACAAAUUUUUAUAGGUUUAAAUGUCAAUAGCAACAUAGCCAGGAAGAUAGCAAAUUGCAAGUCUGUUUGCAGAGAAUCUUUAAUUACAAAUACGAUACAAAAACUUCACCAUUUCCGUACUGCAUGGGAUAAUGUAGCGGCAGCUGACAAAAAUCUUGACACAUUGUUUGAACGUUUGUGUCUGGAGGAAGAUAGGUUAAAUGAAACAAAGCUGUUAAGCACGUCCCACACUAAUGCUUUUAUCUCAAAACAAAGUAAACAAUUUGUCAAAGCAGGUCAGCAGGAAACGUCUACAGUUCAAUGUUUCAAAUGCAGCAAAAACGAGCAUGUAAAGAAACACUGCAGAAAUAAACCAAGUGCCAAAUGUUCAGUAUACUGUAGAGAGAAUUAUUCACAUAAUAACUGCAAACAAAGGGGUCAUUUUGCCAGGGAAUGUCGAAGUCCAAAGUUAGACAGAUACAAGACAAGUGAUAAACUUGACAAUAAAGAAUCAAAAGGUUACAAACAUAAAGCACUGGUCACUGUUGGAUUAUCUAUUGCCAAUAUAAAUGAAAUAAAUUUGCAAUCGGGAAUUGGAGUGGGAGAUGUCGAAUUAGAGGCUUUCGAUGGAGGACAGUGGUAUGAUGCAGUUCUGGAGAAUGUUCUAUAUGUACCAAACAUAAAUUUCAAUUUACUUUCUGUUACUCAAGCCUUAGACAAAGGCUAUGUUCAGAUUGCAAAUGCAGAUCUCUCAGUUUUCAAAACCGCUGACAAUCUGGAAACUGUAGCAAUAGGUCGACACUAA